AGUGGACAGAUGGCCGAGACACAAGCCUCUCAUACAACUACUUUGACCCCCUGAUCGGCCUUCCACUGGCAACACCAACUGCGUCAACGGCAAAUUGUACUGCUGCAAGCGCAAAUUCCCUCAAUGUAUGGACGAAUCGCAAUUGCAGCGAUUUGUUGCCAGCUCUGUGCAUGCGUCAGCGCCGGCCGCCAAUCCUUUACCAAUAUAUGGACUGGUCACGAGAAGAAGACAGCGAUCAAUGCACUGCUGCUCAUGAGUACCUGUUCCUUAAUGCUUCUGCAAGUCGCACUGAUGCAGAGUCAGCGUGCCGUGCCCAUGAUGCACAUCUGGUGUCGCUGCACUCCGCACGUGACAUGCAAAUUUUGGCAAACAUGACCGCCCGUGCCUACACAGAGUACAGGCGACAAGCCCUCACAUUGCGUGUUCCAGCGCCAUAUGAUUCAUGGUGGAUCGGUCUCAGUUACAUGCCCACUGGACUGUUAACUGGCUCUGCAACAAUCAGCAACGCUUCGCAUCCAAGUGCUACGCCGCCAAUGCGCUGGACGGAUCAGACUCCUUAUGACUAUCCAGCUGCGCUGCCCGCAAUUACCGUUUCCUCUGGAUCAGCAUCAUUACUGUCGGAGGUUCCCCUACCCGCGGUUACUAUGCCCCGCGAUGGAUGGUGCUACAGAACCGCGUCGCUCCAGUCUUUACCGAGUGCAGGAGACCCUAGCAACUCAAUUAUUGCUACAACAGUGGACUUGAUUGCCACGCAGUGCAUCAAUACGCACCAGGUUAUGUGCGCUCGCCCUGUCCUGCUUGCACCAGUCUUCAUCGCAAUCUCAGGCGCAUAUCAGCUUCGCUUCUUUUCCCAGGCCAAACUAUCCAAGGAAGAGGCAGUCCGGGUGUGUGUGCAAGACUCCGGCACCUUGGCAUCACCUUUGUCAAGCGACUUAGGCAUGGUUUCGCAACGCCUUCAAACAGAGUUUCCCAGUACACGCCAAGGACUCCCAAUGGCCUGGAUUAACGCAACGGCUGCCUCACGUGGUGGGGUGUUAGACGCACAUUGUGUUGCUUUAGCCGCUGGCGGAGUACCAGUCGCUGCGAAUUGUCAAACGGAGCUCCCGUUUGUUUGCCAACGACGUCUCAAACCGGAAUCAUCUCUGGAGGUUACGAGCACUCAAACUGGAUAUACGAUGGCACGGAUUCUUGGCGUCUCAAACUUCCAGUUUUAUCUAAUUUAUGCAAAUGCCCAGCGAGCAGCUAGUGCAUGCUAUGCUUUGGGUGGCUCUUUGCUAACUUUGCGUAAUGAUGACGAAGCAGACGCUCUCGCGCGCCUCGUUGGCGGUGCAUCAGAGGUCUUAUGGUCGGGCUUAUACUGGUCUGCUGGAAGCUUCUACAAUGUAGACGGUUCUGAAGUAGCUUAUCUGCGAUGGCUGGCCGGCGAGCCUUCUCUGGUCACUACCAAGCAGCAGCAAGCAGGUGCGUCGCAGUACUGUGUCGCACUAGUGCGGCAAGUGGGCAAGACGCCGAGCUGGCGAAUGCGGGCUGUAUCCUGCAUAAUGGAGCUUCCAUUCAUCUGCCGAGAGUCCGCCCAAGCACCAUCCCUGACUACGCUGAGAGGCACACAGACCGUAGCAUUCUACCCUUCUCUUCAUAUGCCUGCAACAGACGCAGCUGCUGUAUGCAGAGCAAAUGGCAUGCAGCUAAUCCGACCCACAAGGGCAGAUGAUGUUGUGUGGGUCCGAAUGACAUCAACACGCAUGUGGAAACCCUCGGCUGAGAGUCCUACCACGCUGGCCACCAAUGCAACUAAUGCAGUUUGGACGGGACUGGUUAUGAGAGUACUGCUGCCUGCGGGAUUAAUGGCCACUUCUGUCUCUUUGUCAUGGUGGCCCGGCGAGCCUAUCACAACAAAUGGCAAUCUGUCAAAUGUUGCUUCUGCUGUCGUGCAGCGAGUGUCAGCUAUGGGUUACGGUGUUGAACAGGGGCUUCUUCCAGGAACAUUCGUGGAACACUGUAUGGCAAUAAGUCUGCAAGAGAUGGCCACCUCGCAAGCCCGCAAGGCAGACGACACAAUGGACGACUUACUUGUGAUGUUGCCAUGCAAUACACCAUUGAGUUUCAUGUGCCAGACUCCUGACUCCAGCCCGCCUGUUCCGGACCUUGCAUUUAGAGUUCCUGCCGUUGUGGGCAGCAGCUUCGAGGUGUUUAAGACUUCAAUGGGAGUUACUGAUGCUGAUACUGUUUGCCGUACCCGCGGUGGCAGGUUGACGUCUAUACACUCAGUCAGCGAAGAAGCCGAAAUUAUGGACGCUGUCCAGCGUCAUAUUGGUGAUGUUGGUAUGGAACCAAGGUUUUGGAUUGGUCUCGCCCUGUUUAAUAGCCUAAGUCCAAGAUGGAUGGAUGGAAGUUUUUAUGACUAUUCAAAUGCACUCAGAGUCAACACGUUGGUCACGUCCAACACGUCACAGCCCUUGUGCUUUGCUGUCUCGUCACGAGGUUGGAUUUCCCAUGGCUGCGCUAUACCACUCCCUUUCAUAUGCCGAGUUCCUGAUGCGGAUCCACGUUGGCAGUAUGCACGACGAGUGCUGCGUGCUGCGUAUUACUAUUAUUACUUUACAUGGCGUCCAGCAACGGAGUCGGACGCGGAUGCGGCAUGCAGGGCUAUUGAUCGACACCCAGUGUCAUUUCAGAGUGUUACCGACUUGCAAGAGUUGGGCGUCUCCAUGAUUCAGGAUGUGGCCGCGUUUGAUGUCACGGCAAUUGAUAGCACGCAGCUUAGUACCGUCGCUGCCUUUUGGUCUGGAUUAUCUCUGAAGCGCUUCGUGGUUGAUGCAAGCUCCAAUGUCACGGUGCUAAAGUACAUUUGGCGCGAUGGCACUCCCUUUGAUAUGGACUCGGAGAUCGCGCGCUAUCUACAGCUCCCGUCACCAUCAAAUGCUUCGGUGGGAAGCUGCAUAGGGAUUGACGUUGCAACUGGCAAAGCUAUCUUUACUAGUUGCUUGAGUACAUAUUUCUAUAUAUGCAAAGGUGGAACAUUUCCUUCUAUGUACCUGGAUUUUGAUGGGUUCCGACUGUCAUACUACCCAGAGGCAGCAUCAGCUGUUGUUGCACAGUCUAUAUGCUCUAGCAGCUCUUCAGGUUCUGGGGGCAGCAGUAGUGAUUUCUCUGGACUUGUGAUGAAGGGUUCACUCGCAUCUCUCCGUACAUCUGAUGAGGAGCGUGCGGCUGUGCUGCUCACAGACAUGGCAACGAAUGCUGGCAACGUGACGACUUCGGUUGAUGUUUCUGCUGGGCUGCUGCUUGUGCCAUCAAGUAACAAGAGCGCGAGUGUCUGGAUCGGACUGCAGCGCAGUGCACCAGUGCCAUCUACAUUUCGGUUUACGGAUGGCACUGGUGUAACUUACACUAACUGGGCGCCUGGCCAGCCGCAUGAUAUGGCUAUUGUUCCGAGCAACGACUCCAACAACUCUGCUCUGAACAGCGCAGAUGCAUUGUGUGUGCGCCUUCUUGUUUCUGGCGAGCCCAAGAGCUCUGCAUGGUACACAGCGCCUUGCUCACAGCAGGAACUGCCGUUCAUAUGCAAAGCUGUCUCUCCGCUGCCUGAGCCAGCAGCAAGUUGGACAUGGGGUGGUUGGGAAUAUCUAGUGUACAUGCCUUCUUUAGGAAUAACCGAUGUAGAUUACCUUGGUGGCUUGAGUUUCGAUACCGCCCAAGCAACUUGUGAGCACGUCGGCGGCUCGUUAAUGAGUGUGGAAAGUACACCCGAGCAUGAGGCAGCCCUGGCCAAUGUUGCUUCAUGGUCUAAUAAUUUCAGCAUAUCAGCCGCCAUUUGGGUUGGGGUGCGUGCUAUGGUGGUAUUGGCAGGCGAUGAUACGUCGUCCACUGCAAAAAUGUCCACUGACACCGCUACACUGAAACUUGAGUAUGUGGAUGGCUCGGAGCGUAUCUGGAAUGGGGCUGGUCCGCCAUCUGCGGUGCUUGCAUCUGCGCUGUUGCAAUGGCAAGCACGCUGGGGUACCAAUACUUCAACGCUUAAUGGUACUGUUAGCGAGGGUAUGUCAGCUGGCUGCGUUGCGUGGGACGUGUCUCCACAGUCUAAAGGCGGGCCCGGCACUUACAUUAUAUUGCCGUGCAAGUCGCGUGUAUCGGCCUUCAUCUGCAAACGUCCUGGAAGCAAACCGUCCUUGGUGACCAUCAUCAAUGACACGCGCUACACGGGUUAUAUGUUGCCUGCAAAAUGGCUGCCAGCCGAUGAGGCUGACAGUGCUUGCUCACGAGAAAACCAGGAGGAUGGGAUUUGGCCAUCCGAGCUGAUGCUUAGGCAGCAGCCCCACAACCCUUCACGUCUGGCAGUAUUGGCAUCGCCAUCCACAGUUCGGUCCCUAGCAACGCAAUUGAGUCCAUUUCUCCAGUUUACGAACACUAGUUUGGUGCACAUUGGUCUUGUACUUUCUAAGCUGUCUACAGGGCUUACAGCAGCUAGCUGGCGUGAUGGCUCGUCUUAUCUCUUGAAUUGGGCAGCUGGUGUUGCAGGAUUUGGUGAGCUUGCAGACUCGCUUCAAUUGGAGCGUGUAUGCGUGGCUGUGAAUGUGACAUCGUCAGCGUUGGUCAAGGUAUCUUGUGAAUCUCAGCUUCCAUACGCUUGCAGUGGACCCCCGUUGCCUGACUUGGUUUACACGUCUAAUCGUGCUUCUUACAUGGUAUUCUCAACCGACUUAACGCGGGAACAAGCAAGAGCGGUAUGCAAGACCGCUGGAGCAGGUUUAAGCCUGUUUACCCCAGCGCUUACUUCAGCAGCGACUGUGUCAGAGGCACAGCUUGUUACAAAGAUUUUCAAGCAGGUCAUGCCUGCGCGCUCGCAAUUCUGGAUUGGGUUACGGGCUGUGUCCACAGUUUGGUCGUGGCAAGACAUGCCAACGCCUACCGCUAUGGCAUCCAAUCAGAAUGGCAGCAGUCUGCUUGGUGGAUACAGAGCGUGGUCAGCUGGUGAACCGGGGGCAGGAUUAGCAAGCGGGCUAAGCUGUGCAGCUGGAGAGGUGGUGGAAGUUGGCUCAGGAAUGGUACUCCAGUGGAGACCGGUUGAUUGUGCACGUGCAGCUCUUCCUUUUGUCUGCAAAGUGCCGCUGGCGGUGCCACCACCCCAGCCCAGCGGGGUGCCCUUGUUCGACUACAAUGGUUACCAGUAUUUGGUGGCCACUCCAAGUGCAACUCAGCCGGUGUCAUUCGACAUUGCUUCUGUCACGUGUGGCCAGCUCGGAGGAAGGUUGGCACUGUUGCAAGAUAUCAAUCUACGAAUGAAGCUGUUCCAGGAGGCCCUAGACCUACCAGCAACAUUCAAAUCAGUGAUUUUUGGUAAUAUGGAUGGUUGCAAAGCGACUGGAGGUGUCAACACAUAUAUUCCUCAGCGCUUAGUUUUAAACCAGGCUAAUGGUGUAUCCAUAUUGGCAUUGUGGACAAAUAUGAUCUUAACUUCUGGGCGACCACGCUGGGCCGAUGGCACAUUGUUUUCGGAGGAGCAGCUUGCAUUAUGGGAUAAGUCAGGAGAAAAUUAUGAGCCAACUGCACCAUCACCUGUGGCAGUAUCCCUGCUAGGUGCAAACGCUUCUUCAGCCCCGCCACCCUCGAUGUUGGGUGGAGGAAAUGCGGUUGAUCAAUGUGGCACAAUUGCCUUUGGUCGAUGUUCAAACGGCCAGGGAUUGCUUGCAUGGCAGUCCAGGCCAUGUGAAUCCGACCUUGGCUACAUCUGUGAACGUCUACCACCCCCUACAGUAAUAGUUUCCAGGGGUGCCAAUGAUUACCUAAUCUAUAAUCACUUUUUCACGCAGCGCCAAGCCCAUACAGUGUGCGCAGCGGCAAGUUCUGCCCUCACUUCUCUGCAAGAUGAGCAGGAACAGUCAUGGAUGUUGGAGCAAGUCUCCAGCAUGCUGAUAGAGCUGACGUUUGCAAAUGCCAGCCAAAGCACUGACGCUCCGCCAAGCGUUUCGUAUGCUAUUCUGCUUGGCCUUGACAACGGUCGUUACUUGGAUGAAUUCCGGUGGAUUGAUGGAAGCCCUUUUGUGUACAGCGCGUGGGCACCGGGUCAACCCCGCAGUGUCAGCCACGUCGGCUCCACGUCUAAUGGCGUGUCUUUCUGUGUUUCACUGCUGUCCGUGACGGGAAUGUGGCAGGUUGUCGACUGUGCCACACAGAGCCUCUUUGUUUGCAAGCGCCCACGUGCGCCGCCUUCGUACCUCUCUCCUGACAUGUCUCCAACCGUUUCGUAUCCGGUGGUAACUCUAGCCCAGCCACCUCCAGUAAAGUCUUCGACAGGAUCCGUGAAUCCGAUUUUGCCGCCAGCUGUUUUUAUUGCUACAGAACCAAAUCCUCCUUCUCCACCAAAACCACCAGCCAUGCCAUGGCGCCAAGGGGCUCGGCCGCCUGCAAAACAGCCAGCACCGAUCCCAAGUGGCAAUCAUGUGAACCGUCCCGUGGAGGCUGUAGCACCCGCAUUGCAGUUUGACGACUUCCAACAGACCUGGCCACGCCUUAACGCCACACCAAUGUGGUCUUCAGACCCUUUAUCUCCAGUACCUGAGGCACGCCAACGGCAUGCCGCUACACCACUGAUACGUUUGCCUAACAUGACUGCAAAAUAUGAUUCAAGAAAAUACAUGUUCGUUUAUGGCGGGACCGUCAAUAGCAAUGCUCAAGAUCCAGUUGGCAUUAUGGAUGACCUCUGGCUUUUGCAAAUUCGGCCCAACAUCAGUUGGACCAAGAUGCGCUGCUUCGGCUCUCCGGGGCCGCGGCUUGAUGCAAGCUUGCAUUUCCAUGCGGAUAUGCUGAUACUCACAGGAGGAAUCACAUUUGAUGCUGGGUCAAACUCGUGGACACAUGCACAGUCCACGUAUAUGAUUGACUUGCUCCCUCUUGUGCUGUCAUUGAAAUCUUGCAUGUCUACCAAGCUUGUGCUGCCCACUCUUCGCUGGAUCCUGGUUGACCCUCUUUCUGAAGGCAUACAGAAUAGUAGUGCACCCUGCCCAUUGCAGUCACCUAACACUGCGUCUCCAAUGGUGACUGGUGCCUCCGCCGCCCCCAUUGCAAAUGGUGGUCAGGUCUUACAUCGCUUGGUAUAUGGAUCUGGGACGGCUGUCCAUGCUCGUUCAUAUCCCCGGACAAAGGCAGUGCUGCAGUUACCGCUAGACGUGGACAUGCCUGGACUAGCUUCAGUAAUUUCUGUGCCAACAAACAUAUACCCCGCAGCGUUUGAGGACUGGUCAACUCUGCAUCGAAGGCACGUGCAGGAUAAAAUUAAUGAUAUGGACAGUGGAAAUGAACCUGAUAUUAACACAUGGUUGUCGCUGGCUCCACGCUCGAUGAUUCAUUGCAAUGGGAGUGGAUUGCUAGUUACAUCUGAUGAGGUGCACCUCCAGGGUCUGGCAUUCAUUAAUUGUCAGGAGUUUGCGGUGCACAUUGUAGCUCCUCGAAACGCGGUUGUGACCAUCACAAAUUGCUGGUUUGAAAAGAACUCAGGUUCGGCAUUGUUGGUUACGUCAGGACGCGUAG